GGCCAGGCCGGGCCGCUCCCCCCCCCCCCAUCCGCCGGUGCAAUGAGCUUCUUCGGGUUCGGGCAGAGCGUGGAGCUGGAGCUGGUGCUGAGCGACGGCGAGAGCCGGCGGCGGGUGGAGCACAAGACGGAGGAAGGGAAGAAGGAGAAGUAUUUCCUCUUCUAUGACGGGGAGACCGUGUCCGGGCGGGUGGUGCUCACCCUGAAGCACCCCAACAAGCGGCUGGAGCACCAGGGCAUCAAAGUGGAGUUCAUCGGGCAGAUCGAGCUCUACUAUGACCGAGGGAACCACCACGAGUUCGUGUCCCUGGUGAAGGACCUGGCCCGUCCUGGUGAAUUCACUCAGUCACAGACCUUUGACUUCGAGUUCACCCACGUGGAAAAGCCUUACGAGUCCUACACGGGGCAGAAUGUGAAGCUACGGUAUUUCCUCCGUGCGACCGUCAGCCGCAGACUGAACGACGUGGUGAAGGAGAUGGACAUAGUUGUGCACACCCUGAGCACCUACCCGGAGCUCAACUCCUCCAUCAAGAUGGAGGUGGGCAUUGAGGAUUGCCUACACAUUGAGUUUGAGUACAACAAGUCCAAGUAUCAUUUAAAAGAUGUGAUUGUUGGCAAGAUCUACUUCCUGCUGGUGCGAAUCAAGAUCAAGCACAUGGAGAUAGAUAUCAUCAAGAGAGAAACAACAGGGACCGGCCCCAACGUCUAUCAUGAGAAUGACACAAUAGCCAAAUACGAGAUCAUGGAUGGGGCACCUGUGAGAGGGGAGUCCAUUCCCAUCAGGCUCUUCCUGGCUGGCUACGAGCUGACUCCAACCAUGAGGGACAUCAACAAGAAGUUCUCGGUGCGUUAUUACCUCAACCUGGUGCUGAUCGAUGAGGAAGAGAGGCGCUACUUCAAACAGCAGGAGGUGGUGCUCUGGCGGAAAGGAGACAUCGUGAGGAAGAGCAUGUCCCACCAAGCAGCCAUCGCUUCCCAGCGGUUUGAGGGGACCUCCUCGCACCCCGAGGCCAAGACCCCCAACCAGCCUGCAGAGAACAACGGCCGGCAGUGAGGGGCCACGCAGAGGAUGCUGCUGUGGAGCCAGAGGGACAGCAGCAGCAGCAGCAGCAGGAGGAGGAGGAGGACAAAACACUUGAGAGACUUUGUGAACACAAAUACCCGUUUUUGACUUAAUUCCUUUCUUCAAAGGACUCGCAGGGUGGGAAGGGAUGGGAGGGCAAAGCGAGCUGCAGCACUGGUGCUGCGGAGCUGGAGGUGCCUCAGUGCUUCCCAGUCAAUGACAUUCCUCUGGGAUCAGCUGCUUUGAGGCGGGUGUCCCAAGGCUGCGGAGCUGCCUGAUCUCCUCUCUGCCCCGAGACCCUUUUGGUGUGGCAGCGGGGAGGGAGAGAGCAAGUGAAGGCCACAUCUGCUGCUGCUGCUUCCCAGCGGGGUGGAGGUUGCUCUGGGGCUCUGCAGGAUGGAUGUUGUCUUGCCUUCCUGAGACCUGCACGAGGGAAAGGGACACAGGGAUUAGCUGGAAGGUAGAGGAGGGACUCGGACUGAGGUGUGGCCUUGUUGAAGUGCUGAGUGUCAUCCCCUCGCUGCCUCCCCUUCCUUUCCAUGCUGGAUUCCUUGUCACAAACAGCUGUAUCGUGUCACUGACUCAGCCACACUGAGCACGCUGCAGUGGCCUUGCUGUGGAGCUCCUGUGUGUCGUGGCAAGGAGGAGCUGUGCCUGGCAGGAGGGAGCGAGGCAUGAGGUUGGGCAGAGCUGUGAAGGUCCCAGUGCUGUUGAGUGGGCAAUAGGAGGGGGCAGAAGGCUCCUGGCCAAGAGCAGUGCCUUCCUAGUGUUGUCCCAGCACCUGCCUGCGUGCCCCCCUCUGGCUGCUGCUGCAGAGCAGCCUGGAGAGCUCUAGAGGAUGCUUUGGGGGGGUGAGACAUCAAUGGGGGCUCUCUUGGCAGCUUACGCUGCACAUGCUGUCCUGCUCGUUCCUGUGUUCUUGUGUCAGAGCAGUCUGUAGUAGGGACAGACAGGGCAGUAUAGAAACACAUGUGUAUGGUUGUGUUUGCUUCCUCGAGGCUGUGGGAUGAGGAUUAGGAAGGACAGAAAGUGGAUGAAACGGUUUUAAGAAGCUUAUGGCCUGUGUGUGCUGCUGGAUGAAGCCAAGCAGCAACUGGAAGGAUGGUAGAGUAGAGCUCUGUGUUUCCAGAGGCACAUUCCUAAGGUCUGAGCUUGAAGGUCUGAGGGUCAUGCUGUGAACUCAGAACCUGAAUGUGGGCUUUUCCUUCCCUGAAUUAAGCUUUUCCUAGUCUUCAGCUAAGUGAAAUCAUGAGAACAUUCCCAGAAGGGAGUCAUUCCUCCAUUAACAAUUAGAUGUGGCUUUGUAGACUUGAUGGAGUCCAGAGAACAUCCACCCUGUUUAGCUGCCCUUUGAGGACGCAGGGGGCUAGACCUCUUCCCAGAUGGAGAGAGAGAAGCCUGCAGGAAAUGCUGGGAUAUGAGCUGUAUUGAGUGGGAGUGAGUUGGUGGCUCACUAGGGUAUCUUGUGCUUUGUUUAGUGGAGCAGUGCUGGUGGAGGGAGUGGGGCCUGGGUGGGAAGGGGAGCAUUUUAUGUACUAAGACAGCUACUGUAUUCCAGUGAUAAAUGUGUGUUUCUGCUUGCCAAAGUAAGUUAUCUUUUACUCACCACGUGUAAGGCUGUGGUUGUCAGUGGAGCUGGACAGAUCACGCUGUUGUAGAGGACACUACUGAGCUCGUCCCUGCCCGAUGCUGUGUCUCACCGUGUGCUGCUCUCAUCCGAAGAUGUGGCUUGCUUUCUGCCCAUGAGAGGUCUGUGCCAUGGGCUGGAGCUGGGGCUUCCUGGCGUCAGACCAUGCCCUGUGGCAGGGCAGGGGUUGGGGAUCUGCUGCAGGCCUCGUUGGCAAAGGAAUCUGGAUUUACUCCUUCCUCUCCCUCUCUGUAGGGGGAACCUGUGCUGUGGCAGUACAAUCUUGUAGGGACGAGUGAAGCUCCCGAUGGGAGCCUCUGGGGAUAGCAGAUUAUCCUUCCACGGCUUAGCUGAGCACAGCAGUACCCUAACCCCCCUCUAGCUUUCCCUCGGCUCCCAUCCCACCUGGAAUUCCCAUCCUUGCCCAUUCCUCUUGCUUGUAGGCCACGUGGUAUUAGCAAAACCCCGUGGAUGAAGGUGUCUCUGCAUUCCAGGAGUGUUUUGUUUACUGGCUGAACAGCAGCAGUACUGGAUGUGGGAUAGCAAGGCACAGUUGGGAGAGUUCUGUUCAACAUCUGCUCACCACUUAGGGAGGGUCAACUUGGAAAAGGUGCAUGAGUCGUUUGGGUUGAUUUUGCCCUCCUCCGUGCCCCUCUCCCGCAUCCCUACUGGUGGAACCAGGAUGUAGAAACGAUUCCCGUUUUUUCCUUCAUCUAAUGGACCAUUCACCCUGUUGCCCACCAGGCCCUGUGUUUGUCUGGGGUGGAGGAGAUGUGCUGAGCCUCUUCAGAGAGAAGUGGAAGCAUGAGGUCACUGCAGGUAUGAGAGAAGAGCAUUUCCUUAGGGUGUAAGGGGCAGACAGCACCGGAGCCAUCGUGGCCCCUGAGGUUCUGUCCAGCCCUUGGCUCAUUCCCUCUCGCCCAGGCAGGCUGGAGCAGGGGCAGGGUGCAAGUACUCCAGCCAAGCAGUGCAACCUGUAAUUAAGCCUCUGCUGUGUUUACAUGUUUCUUAAUUCGUCGUCUUUUCAAUGGCUGUAUUUUCCAACUUGGGUUGUUUUUUUUGGGUCUCUCCAAUUAAAAAGAGCCAGCCCUGGCUGUCAAUGCUGUGCA